AAUCCCAUUCAAAUACAUUACGCCGACGGAUCCCAAACGGGUCACAGUACAUGGGGGUUGACCAAAACUUAGAAAACACAUAACCUUUCCUAGUGGUGGCGCAGGAAAAUUCACAAAACACAAAACUCUGUCCCAACUCCAAGUAACCAAACCAGACCCAAACCCAAAAACCCACUUGGGACUUGGGGAGUUAUUGUCUUUCAGAUACCAUCACCACCUUUUUUAAUGAAGCAUCGUUAAUGACGCAAAACUUACCCAAAUAAUUAAGCAAAAGCUUAAAUAUGCUUCCCUCAAUAAAACGAGACCAAAUCGUGGCCCUGGGCUUCUUCUUUAACAGAGACGCUGCCCCCCUUUCCCAACGCAGACACGCUAAGACUGAGAGCAACCAUACCAAACCAAACCAAAAUGUUUGGGACUCUGCCUGAUCUAACUACUGUGGCUUAUUUCUGUAUGUGGCUAUUUGUGAGCUUCUGGGUGUAGCGGGAUCAACUGGGAAAGUGUUGUAGUGGGGGUGACUAAUAGUAAUAGUUGCAUCCAGUAGUACAAGAAGUGGUGGUGGUGGUGGAAAUGAACACUGGGAGUGGUGGCGGCGGUGGGGAAACCGGGAUGAGGUCGCCUUUCACUGUGUCUCAGUGGCAAGAGCUGGAGCACCAAUAUCUGAUCUUCAAGUACAUGAUGGCAGGUCUGCCUGUGCCUCCUGAUCUUGUGCUUCCCAUACAGAAGAGCUUUGAGUCAAUUUCUCAUAGAUUCUUCCACCAUCCCAGCAUGGGUUAUUGUUCCUUCUAUGGGAAGAAGGUGGACCCGGAACCGGGUCGAUGCAGGAGGACUGACGGCAAGAAGUGGAGAUGCUCCAAAGAUGCUUACCCGGACUCCAAGUACUGUGAGCGCCACAUGCACCGUGGCCGCAACCGUUCAAGAAAGCCUGUGGAAUCACAAACUAUGACACAGUCAUCAUCCACUGUGACAUCACUGACUGUCACCGGAAGCAGUGGUGGAACUGGGAGUUUCCAGAGCCUUCCAUUAAGUGCCCUUGGUAAUACCCAGGGCACAGGUGCUGGGGUUGCCACUCAAUCACAUUAUCAUAUGGACUCCAUUCCUUAUGGAAUCCCAAACAAAGAUUAUAGGUAUAUCCAAGGACCUAAGCCUGGGGUCGGCGAGCAUAGUUUCUUCUCUGACGCUUCUGGAAGCAACAGGAGCCUUCAUAUGGACUCAUCACUGGACAACACAUGGCCUCUGAUGUCAUCCAGAGUUGCUACGUUUCCAGCAUCAAAGUCAGGUGAAAACUCCAUCUUGCAGAAUGAAUAUCCUCAACAUUCAUUUUUCAGCGGGGAAUUUUCCUCGGGGGACACUGUGAAACAGGAAGGGCAAUCUCUCCGACCUUUCUUCGACGAGUGGCCUAAAAGCAGGGAGUCUUGGUCUGGUCUUGAGGACGAGAGGUCGAACCAGACCUCAUUCUCCACAACUCAGCUUUCAAUAUCUAUUCCAAUGAAUUCGUCCGACUUCUCUUCAACAAGUUCACGGUCCGUACAUGAUAGUUGAGAGAAGCCAAGGCAAGUUGUAGCAAAUUAUAAGCGAGGUUGAAGGACUCCAGUAGGCGUAUUUUCCAUCUUUCUCGAAGUUGUGUGGUCAGGGGUUUUCUGCGUAGCUAGCUGUCUGUUUUACCGUACAUUUGGUGCAAAACUUUAGUUUCAGGUUUAAAUAAACAAGAUGGUCGCAGGUGUUUGGGAAAUCUUCAUGACAUUGUGGAUCUGUUGAAUGAAAGAGCAACAAUUUUUCGGUUGUCCAUUUAUAUAUUAUAUUGAUUGAUAUUUAAUAAAGUUGCUCAA